UUGUUCUUGGCAGUUUGCUGAUCAUUUUAUUAAAAAAAAAAAACAAAAAAUGUUUUUCAAAUUUGGCAUUAUUUUUGCCAUUGCUACCGUUGCAUUGGCCCGUCCAGAACCUGAACAUGUUGAUUUUUUAUCCGAUGAAUACAUUGAACAUUUGAAUAGCCUGAAAACUACAUGGAAGGCUGGUCGAAACUUUGACCGCGAUACACCAAUGGAACAAAUUCGUGGCUUGAUGGGUGCUCGUUUGGAAAUUCCAGCUGAAAUGGCUUCUCGUAUUCCCGUUGUUAAACAUGAUCAUAUCAGUGAUGAAAAUAUUCCAGAAAAUUUUGAUGCCCGAAAACAAUGGCCAAACUGUAAAUCAAUUCAACAGAUCCGUGAUCAAGGAUCAUGUGGUUCAUGCUGGGCUUUCGGUGCCGUUGAAGCUAUUUCUGAUCGUAUCUGUAUUGCAUCUGGACAAAAAACUCAAGUAGAAAUUUCGGCUGAAGAUUUAUUGACUUGUUGUAAAAGCUGCGGUUACGGUUGUCGAGGUGGUUAUCCACCAAUGGCCUGGGAUUAUUGGGUCCAAAGCGGUCUUGUUAGCGGUGGCUUAUAUCAUGACAAAAAUACUUGCCGACCAUAUACAAUUGAACCAUGUGAACAUCAUGUUGAACAUGGUUCUCGGCCUAAAUGCACUGGUUUUGUAAAUACACCAGCAUGUGUUCGCCAAUGUCAAUCUGGUUACAAUGGUACAUAUGAACAAGAUCGCCACUAUGGUCAAUCAGCUUAUCAUGUACAUCAUGAUGUUCAAGAUAUUCAAAAAGAAAUAAUGACCCACGGUCCAGUUGAAGCUACAUUUUUAGUUUAUGCUGAUUUCCUUUCAUACAAAAGUGGUAUCUAUCAACGACAAACUAAUUCGAUGGUCAGUGGUCAUGCUAUCAAAAUUCUUGGUUGGGGUGUUGAAAAUGGUACACCAUAUUGGUUGUGUGCUAAUUCCUGGAAUACUGAUUGGGGUGAAGCUGGUUAUUUCCGCGUAUUACGUGGCCGUAACGAAGUGAGCAUCGAAUCACAGAUCUAUGCAGGUUUGGCUAAAUAAUUUCAUUUGAAAUUUCAUUAUUUAUUAUCUGAAAACAACAAAAAAAAAUUAUUUUUCAACAAAUUUGAAUAAAAAAAAAAUUCCCAGA